ACGGCGACCACACCAGCACCAUCACCGAGGCGCAGAUCGGGUCGAGCCUCGAGGGCCUCACCGUGCAGCAGGCAGUCGCCAGCAACAGGCUCUACAUGCUCGACCACCACGACCACAUGAUGCCAUAUCUCGUCAGGCCCUACCAGACGACCUAAUCAAGAGGGGCAUGGCGGUCCGCGACCCAUCUAGCCCGCACAAAGUGCGGUUGCUGCUUGAGGACUACCCUUAUGCGGUGGACGGGCUGGCUAUCUGGACCGCCAUCGAGCAGUGGGUGACAGAGUAUCUUGCCAUCUACUACACAAGCGACAGUGUGCUUCAGAGCGACGUGGAGCUGCAGGCGUGGUGGAAGGAGGUUCGCGAGGUCGGGCACGGCGACCUCAAGGACGCGGCGUGGUGGCCUAAGAUGAAGACGGUGGCGGAACUGGUCAAGGCCUGCGCCACCAUCAUCUGGACCGGGUCGGCGCUGCACGCCGCCGUAAACUUCGGGCAGUACCCGUACGCAAGUUACCACCCCAACAAGCCGUCAGCGAGCUGUCGUCCGAUGCCUGAGCCGGACACCGAGGAGUACUCACUGCUGGCCGGCGACCCGGAAAAGGUCUUCAUCCGCACCAUCACCAACCAAAUGCAGGCCAUCAUUGGCAUUUUUCUGCUGGAGAUCUUGUCCAAGCAUUCCUCCGAUGAGAUUUACCUCGGACAGCGUGACACGCCGGAGUGGACGUCGGAUGCCAAGGCACUCGAGGCGUUCAAGCGGUUCGGCAUGAGGCUGGAGGGCAUCGAGAGCCAGGUGGUGGCCUUGAACGGAAACCCCCAGCUCAAGAACCGCAACGGGCCGGCCCAGUUCCCGUACAUGCUGCUCUACCCCAACACCUCCGACCACACGGGCGAGGCCGAGGGGCUCACGGCCAGGGGCAUCCCCAACAGCAUCUCCAUCUAAUGAGAUAUUUGGAGGAACAUUGUUGCUCGCCCGCAUGCAAAGAUGUUGGGGUGCGUGCUUCGAUGAUCAUUGCUUCAAUAAUCUAGUACACCAGUGCUCAUUUGACACCCAAAUGUUAUGUGCGUGGGUAGCCACUGGUCAAUGUAUGUUCCAUGUAAUUUUCCCUUCCAAAUUAUAUAUUAAUAAAGUGAUGGGUUAUGCUUC